GAUUCCCAGGUACUCACACAGAGGAAUAAUACAUUGUAGGUGAUGCAGUUGCUUCUGUAUUUCCAUAUAGAGAUUUUCCAUCCUAUCAGUGUCCCCGCUGAUUAUUACAACCCGAUGAAUUCAAGUGCGUUUGGGAGUUGCAAAGGCCCCCCUAUGGAUCUGUGUGAUAAAAGCUCUAGAAAAGGUUGCUCCCUUUAUGGUGGUCUGUAGCAGCAGUAAACUGGUAAUGAAAAUAUUAACGAGAGACUUGAUCACUUCUUUUGAGCCAAGCACAACAUAACCAUAACAGCUGCAGGCUCCAACUGUUUUCAACUGUCAGGCCCCCCUCAAACUGUUCCAUUCCAACAAUCACAGCAGCGAUGACUAUGGAACAUACCAUUUACAACAACUCUACCUCUACUCCAGCCAGGAGGAAGCCAUGCUGAGCACGAGAUCCCUUAUGGCUACACUGCUGGUUCUGGUGCCAGUCACAGGGUCUCCUGUUCUGGGCCAUCUGCUUGUCCUUUGGGAAGUGUGGCCAGGACACAUACUAGAGUAUCAACAAGUAUCCGUACCAGCGGCAAAAAAUUAUUCAUGCAAAACAUCAGGAAAUGUGAUCUUAGACCAGUCAACGCAGAAAAGGGGCAUCAGAAAUUACAGCGGCUUCAGAACAAAUUUGAAAACAUCUAGGAAGAAUGCUUACAGGAACUAUCAGCAUAAAAUCUUGCUAAAAUAUGUAAUAUUAUAUAAAAGAAAUCCAUAUCCAAUUGCAGAUGGAAGCAUAAGUGUACACAUUUCAAGAAAACAUCUAGGAAGAAGUGAACUAAUUCUGAGAAGAAAAAAUUAUUUAAGACACAUACUCAGGAAUAUUCUGAACAGAAAAUGUGAUGGUUAUGAAGUAAAAGUGAAUUGGCACAGUAUUUUGAAUGGUGCUAGAAAGAAAUCUGAAACUAAAAGAAAGGAGCAAUUGCAAAUCACAUACUUUGAAAAUAGGCACAAACCCCUAAGAGCUGGGUCACUAUUGGGGUAUAUAGCAUGUCAAACAAAUAUGAUGUUAAAUGUUAAAGAAGCAUAUUUCCAAAAAGAUCAGGAAGGUUUACAAAGUAUUGUGAUAAAGUUAGUAAAACCACAGAUACCAAGAGGAAAGGUGCUUACUGAAGCUGAGGUUCUACGAAAGAAAAAAUCUAAGAGUAACAGUAAUAGAAUAUUCACUUCUGUCAAAGAAAAUGUCUUUUCUAAAGAGAACACAAAUAUUUACAAUAAAGAACAAUUCAGAAUGACUGAUGGGAAGAAAAUAUUAAAUGUAGAAUGGAGCAGCCCAUAUAUGGGAUUUAAAAAAUAUGGUCAGUUCUCUAAAAGUUUUCACCGGGGGACAAGCUUUCCUAUCAGAGAAAAUAUCAAGUUGCAAAAAUGGAAAACAAGAACUAAAAAUUCUAUGAAUGCAAAUGAGAAGUUUCGGUUUAUACAUGCAUUUACUUACCAAAGAAGUAGUGCCAGCAAACAGAAAAUGUUCUCAGCGCAUGAACCUGUGAUGCCCAACAUUCAACAAAUAAAGGAGUCUGCAUUUCAAAUAAAAAUGUACAGAACCAAAAAAUUAAUAAAAUUAGCCAAGUGGCUCAGAGCUAAAGAAAAUAAGUUGGGGGGAAAUGGAAUAGAAGUUUUAUCAACAAUUUACUAUGUGCAGCCUUCCUUAAUAAGUCCUACCUUUCCAGCCAUUAAAACUGCUGUGGGUGUGAAGAAUGAAGUAUUUACUUCAGAAAGGGAUGAAGCAAAGGCAUCAGUCUACAUGACAAAAAUGCUGAAAUAUCUCAUGCAACCCUCAAAGAGAAUAAAAAAGAAAUACUUGAGAGUUGCUCAUAAGGGAUUUAGAAUUUCGCCUCUAAAAGCACUCAUGGUAAGAAAGCAUCUUGAUACGGAAGAGAGUUUACCAAUCUUGUUAUAUCUCUUUAAACACAUUUUUAAAGGUCCAUCGGUUGUUGAAAGAACGAAACGAUCAGCAAAAGCAGAAACAGUACCAAUAUCUGUAGAUGUUUUGACGCAUGUAACUUCUGCCCUUAUAGCAUGUGCCACUAUUUUUGGACUAGCUCUGUUUACUUUGGCAUUAGCAGCAUGUUACCUGUACUAUAAUAGAAGUAUUAAAAUGCAUUUCAGGCAAUUUGGUCCAUUUCUUGAAGCUGGUUUGAAAGGCGAAGAAUCCAAAAAGGAAUGGAAACACACUGCUUCUCAGUGUUGUCCACCUAUUUCUGUUUCACAAAAUUUUCAUUUUGGACAACCACAGGAAUCAAGGAAGAAUCAAAUAUUGGCAACAGCUACUAAAACAUGUCCCAAAGAGGAAUUUGUUAUUAUGAAGGAAAUAUAUGGCAGCUCUGAUACAGAAGGCAGUUCAGAAAUAUCAUGUAGAGGUUUGACUAUAAGAUCCAGAGCGAUUGUACUUCCCUCUCGGUCCAGUGACAGCAUACAAUCAUUAUUCGAUGUACGUGAUGAUGUACGUGAUGAUGUCUCUUCCCAACAAUCCAUGACCAUGGAAAAUGCUUCCAGCACUGUCCCCCCCAAAAACGACCUGGUUCCUGUUCCACAACAGCCAGAUAAUCAAGAGCAAAGUACCUCUAAAGAUGUGUCACCAAAACUGAAGAAAACAACUAUUUCAGAAUCAAAACCUGACAAUGAUCUUGCAAGAUCUAGUAAAGCAUUGCAAGGAGUCCAGCCAGACCAUUGUUUAUAUGAUGUCAAAGAACCAAGUACCUCAAAGGAUGUUGCACUAAAGAAACCAGCCAUCUCAGAGCCAAAACCUGACAGUGCUAUCACAGGGCCUUCCUCUACUGAAGCAUCACAAACAGGUCAGACACAGGCAAUUCUGAAAUCAGAACCUGGCAAUGCUAUGGCAGGGCCUUCCUCUACUGAAGCAUCACAAACAGGUCAGGCACAGGCAAUUCUGAAAUCAGAACCUGGCAAUGCUAUGGCAGGGCCUUCCUCUACUGAAGCAUCACAAACAGGUCAGGCACAGGCAAUUCUGAAAUCAGAACCUGGCAAUGUUAUCACAGGGCCUUCCUCUACUGAAGCAUCACAAGCAGGCCAGACACAGGCAAUUCUGAAAUCAGAACCUGGCAAUACUAUCACAGGGCCUUCCUCUACUGAAGCAUCACAAGCAGGCCAGACACAGGCAAUUCUGAAAUCAGAACCUGGCAAUGCUAUGGCAGGGCCUUCCUCUACUGAAGCAUCACAAGCAGGCCAGACACAGGCAAUUCUGAAAUCAGAACCUGGCAAUGCUAUGGCAGGGCCUUCCUCUACUGAAGCAUCACAAGCAGGCCAGACACAGGCAAUUCUGAAAUCAGAACCUGGCAAUGCUAUCACAGGGCCUUCUUCUACUGAAGCAUCACAAACAGGUCAGGCACAGGCAAUUCUGAAAUCAGAACCUGGCAAUGCUAUCACAGGGCCUUCCUCUACUGAAGCAUCACAAGCAGGCCAGACACAGGCAAUUUCUAACACAGGACUUGACAAUGCUGUCAUAGGGAUUUUCUCCACUACAGUAUCACAAGUAGACCAGGCACUGGCAAUUUCAAUGUCAGAAACUGACAAUGCUGUCAUUGGGCUUUAUUCUACCACAGUAUCACAAGUAGACCAAGCAUUGAUAAUUUCGACGCCAGCACUUGACAAUGCUAUCACAGGGCCUUUCUCCACUGAAGUAUCACAAUCAGAAAAGACACAGAAUAUUUUAAAGUCCGAACCUGACAAUGCUAUCAUACCACCUUCUUCUACUACAGUAUCACAAGUGGACCAGCCAUUGACCAAGAUUUCUACAGAGCAAAAUCCAUGAUCAGUAUUUUACAUCUUGGUGAAUAAUUUUAACUCUUUUCACAAAUGUUGAUGGUUCUACUUCCCACCAAACAAAUUCUUUGAAUAUGCUUACAUGAAACAUGGAGAAGUUACAAUCUGAGUUUUGUGAUGAAAAAGCAAUUGAAUAGUAGUAAUGUGUCUUAAGAAUUUUUUUUAAAAAAAUGUAUACAUACUACGCAACAUAAAUUCUGAAUUAUUUUUCAGAAAUUAAAACUGACUAAACAUA